AUGCUGGGCGGGAAGUACCUGAACCUGAAGCUGUUCAGCGACAGAAAGAACUCGCUGGCGAGCACCAGCGCGGAAGAGCCCCGGGGCAGCCACAGCGCAGAAGAGUCCCGAGGCGGUCACAGCGGCGGCGCUCAAAAUGGGGGGGGAGGGCACUCCCACAGCUACAACAGAGACAAGAGGAUAAUUCACGAGGGGUGGCUAAACAAGUGGACCAACAUCAUCGGCAGUUACAGGCCCAGAUACUUCGUGUUGGAAAAUGGGAUCCUAAGAUACUCCAUAGAUAAAUUCUCCCCUACGAAGGAGACCUUUGGCCUGACGCAUUGCAAAAUUAAAGUGUGCCCAGAUGACCCGCUGCACUUUGAAAUUGAUACCACUGAGCAGGGCGUCCUCUACUUGAAGGCGGAUUUCCCAGAAGACAAACACAAAUGGUAUAUUUCUUUUAAAAAGGCCCAACUGAAUUACCUGCACGGGAGACACAACAAGAAGGGGUGCAUAGACGUGAACAAUUUUAACUUAUCUACGAAUUCGGAGUUUAUAUGGAACAUUAUAAAGAACACCAAUGAGUUGUGUAAGAGUCGGACGGUCAGCUCGGCAGGGGGGGAGAAGCGGGGGGUGCACAGCUAUAGCAGUGGGGAUCCCACCUUGUGUCGAUACCCCUCGGGGAGGGCAGAACGGACGGGAAAGCUAGACAAAGCUUCAUCCUGCGUCACCCUGGACCAAUCGGAGGGGACUUCCAAAACGCAGGGAAUGAAAAACAUCAACUUAGAUGAAGUGUUCAUCAGCUCCACCGAUUUUGAAGACAAAAGCCCGACCCUCUGUCUGAUGGAAAAUAUCGUGUCUUUGAAGGAGAUUACCAGAGACUUAAUAAAAAAUUCGCAACUUAAUGAAGCGAAUUCCAUUUUGAGGAAAAUCAAAUUGGAGGCCAACUACAAACUGAGUUAUGAUCGAGUGGGGCCUCUCCUCUACCAACUGUCCAACUCGAUCGACUGCAUGGACGCUGUCAUUGAGAAAUACAUCAGCUGCACGGAGAUGCUCUUGAAGGAGGAAAACAUCCAGUCGAAGUGUAUGAACAAAUCUUUGAAACUGCUAGCCAAGCAAAAUUAUUUCUUGGAGAAAUCGCAAGACAAAAAGGGUUUUAAUGACUUACAGGAUAAGGUGAAAAAUCACUUCGAAAAAUUUAACUUGUAUGUAAAUGAUCAGGAGAGUGAGGAGGAAGAAAAUGAGGACAUGUUUUUCGACUGUGAUGAUGAGUCAUUUUGCGGGGAGAAAAAUGAGCCCUCUGGAGACGCGGUGCAGGGGAAGGAUACACCGGGAGGGGCACAACGGGGGGAUGCCAACUCUGGGGGAGCCUUCGCGAAACGGCUUCCCGGUGGAGGGCCACCCGAAGAGGGGGAGAAGCAGGAGGAAGAAGAAGCGCCUUCCCCGGAAGGGCCUCCCAUCCACCCAUCAACAGUUCAAACAAAUGAAGCGGAAAGGGGCGAACCGAUGGGGGAGCACCAGGAGGACGCAUACACAGAAGGGAGCGCAGCCCCAUUGGAUAGUCACACCAAUGAGGUGGACGAAACCGACUUGACGCGCGAAGUGCAGGACGACCUGCACCUAACCCAGCUGUGCACGGAAAAAAACAUAACGUCGCUAAAUUUCAGCCGAAUCGAUAUAUACACAGACAGCAAAAUUAAGAGGAGGACCAAACUGCCGAGCCCCCGAACGGACAUAAAAAUUAGCAUGUGGUCCCUGUUGAAGGACUGCAUCGGGAAGGAUCUAUCCCGCAUAGGGAUGCCCAUUUACCUGAACGAGCCCUCCUCAUUUUUGCAAAGACUGGCCGAAGAUUUCCAAUACGUGUAUCUUCUCCAGCGCGCCUCCAGAGAAGUGGAAAGCACUAGUAGGCUUGCCUACGUGACGGCCUUUACCAUAUCUCCCUACGCUUCCGUCAUCGGUCGAACGUUUAAGCCGUUCAAUCCUUUGUUAGGCGAAACGUAUGAGCUGACGCACAGGAAAUUCUUCUUCGUAUCUGAGCAGGUAGUGCACCACCCCCCUAUCACAGCAUACCACUGCCACAAUGAGUACAUGAGAAACUUUGCCAGCAUCACCGUCAAUGUGCAGAUUUUGGGGAAGUCAGUCGAAGUCACCAUCCCAGGGUCCAGUCACCUCAUCCUUCGGUACCAGAAGGGGGGGAGUUCUCCAACCGGGGGGGUACAAACUCAAAAGAACGAGUGUUCUCCUUUGGAUAAGAAUCAUAUUUUUGCUUCCUCAGGGGAGGUCAACCUGGACGAAUGUGAAGUGAGGACCUGCGCCUCGACAAAAAGGAACAGUCAGGGCAGCGAUACACACAGUGCGCACGUCAUCGGUGAGGGGGCCAAUCCACCUAAAGGCACUCCACAGAGAAGUGCCCCUUUGCCUGAUGUAGACCCCCCCGAGUACGGCCACGAACAUUACACGUACCAAAGAGCGAACAUGAUAAUCCACAACAUCAUUUUUGGCAAGUUAUGGGUAGAGCUGCAUGGGAACAUCCUCAUAAGAAACCAUAACAAUGGAGACUUCUCCAUCGUCAGCUACAUUCGCAAGGGAUGGUUUGAUAAAGAAAUUCACAAAGUAAGAGCAGUCGUAUGUGAUCGGUAUAAAAAUGUAAUUUUUUAUAUAUACGGAAAAUGGUCUCAAGAAAUUAACAUAGCAUAUGUAAAGCAUUUAAAAAAACAGGAAUAUGGCUCAUACUUUUUCAAUGCCGAUGGAUCGGAAAAUAUUAAUCACUUUAAUAGAAAUACUUUGAAUGAAUUUAUUAGCAACGUUGACUGGCAGUUUUAUGAAAAUCAGGUGGAUGCCCUGAACGGGGUGUGUGUGUGGAAGGCACCCAAACGGCCGAAACAUAGUGAACUGUACUACGGGUUUAACAAUAUGACCGUGGAAUUGAACGAAAUAACUCCCGAAUAUGAUCCAUCCAAGGGGGCGGCUAUUGCCUGCACGGAUAGCAGAUUCAGGCCCGAUCAGAGGAGUUACGAAAAUGGAAAUAUUGAAAUUGCCAUGAGUGAAAAACAGAGACUUGAAAACAAACAAAGAGCCAACUCGAAGAAGUACGCCGGGAAGAAAGACUCCUACAAGCCAAAAUGGUUUUACAAGCACAAGGACCCCAUUUAUAAGGACAGGGAUAUGUACCUCUUCAACAAUGAGUACUGGGUCGCCAAGGAGAAGGGCCUCUUCACGGACGCCCCCGACAUAUUCUGA